AAGAUGAGCAGUGAAGAUAUUCUUGUGUGUGCAGUAAAAUUUGGAGAAAAUUUCUGCCUCUAUUUUGAAGAUGAUGAUGGGCUGGAAUGUGAUGCCUUUUGUAGGGAGAAAAUUCUUCAGCGGUUCCUGCGCAAUGUGAACAGCCAGCUGCUCGUCGUUCGACCAGACUUAAACGUGGCAGCUUUUGAAGAUGUGACAGACCAGGAGAUGAAAUGUGGCAAUGGAAUGAACUUCAGCAUUCACUAUUACAAAACUACUACACCUGCAGCAGGCAUGCCCGUUGCCUUCAGCGUCAAGGUGGCAGAUAAAAGUUACUACAUGUGUUGUGAGAAAGAAUGUGGAAAAAUGAUCGUUCGAUUUCGGGAAGGAGAAGUUCCCAAAGAAAUGCCUGGUGAAAGUAACGUCAUCUUUUUCAAAAAGUUGUUUACAUCUUGUAGCUCCAGAGCAUUUAAGUUUGAAUACUCACUAGAACAAGGAAUGUUCUUGGCCUUUGAGGAAGAAGGCAGCUUAAGAAAAUUAAUUCUAAAGAAACUGUCAAGAGAAGAUGAAGUGGAUGAAACCAUGAAGAUAUGUUUCUCACUUCAGCCAGAAUGA